ACUACGUGGCAGGUCGACGACGGGCGGCGUGAUGGGAGCUCUGCACGAGGAGGAGGAGGUCGGCACCUCGAUGAUGGGCAGGUUGACGACAUUGUGGAAGCUCGACAACGGACAGCACGAUGCGAGCUCCGCGCGAGGAGGAGGAGGACGUCGGCUCCGCGUGGAGGGCACCUGGAUGACGACGGGACAGGGGCAGGUCGAUGACGACGGGCAGGUCGAUGACGAUGGGCAGGUCGAUGACGACGGCUGGGCUUCGAACUUCGUCAGCGGGAAGGACAAUCCCCCGUUCGAAUUUGAAUGCGGGAUUGUAGCCCUAAAAACUUUGAAAGUGGCUAAAAGUCGUUAAAAAAGAAAAAAUUCAAGCACUAGGCAGCUGGGGAGGCCGCCACUGGCCAAAAAAAGCCUUUAACCCACUGCACGCGAAAUUGCGCUCGGCCCGCCCGGUGCCCAACCGGGUGACCCAACCGGCCGGCCCGCCCGGGAGCCCUACCAGACGAAGGCCAGGCUGCCGGGCGGUCCGGAUAUUAACACAGCAAAAAACUGCACAGUGCACUGUGCGGGUGGUAACCAAGACUCGAGAAAUGGUUUUAAGAAGCACGUUCAAGCAACUGCUACCAUCACCGACAGCUACUCCUAGCCUUCUGCUGCUUAUUUUGAUCCCACAACCAAGACCGCGAGCAGUGCUCGACCAAUGCUGUUCCGUCAUGAAAAUAGUGAACAACUGCUUCCCAAUCUCCUGACACCACCUUCCGUCCCUUCUUCCCAUAUUGCCAUUUCCAAUCAAACAUAGGUACGACUGUCUUUUGGACAUAUCAUGCACUCUAAAACCGCAACCAGAUGAUCAGAUGAUCGGGAGACUUCCGCGGUCUGGCAUGUGAAACCCGGAUCACCUAUCGUCUACCCUACUGUGUGGGGCACUGGAGGGGAAGGAAGGAAUCCUGCACUGAGAACCGUACCUUGAGAGAUGACCAGAUCUUGCUUCUGUUGCUACCCAACAUAGCAGACUUCCGGCACCAUACUCCCACUCAAGCACUGCAUGCAACUCAGAAAUUUUAUGCAAGAUCAUGAAGCAGGCCCACAGCCAUACUUCGACAGAGAACAAAGCACACCAGUUCUGCUGCUUUUCCCCACCCGCGAAACGCCAGAAAAGGUGCUGUUUAUCCCGGCCCCCAUGAAUGCAACAACAUAGUACGACAGCAGACACAUGACUCUAGUCAUCAAGCGCACCCAUGCAGAGGAGAAGUUGACGACCGCCUACGUUCAGCAAAGUUGAGUGCCCGCCUAUCAUGAAUAAUCCACAGGCCCCUGCAGGCACCGCCGCCACCACUCCAUCAUUACUUCUCCUGCAAAAUAUUAGCUUCAACAGUGCUGAACAGGGGGGUCAAGAAAUAGAUGCAUCUAGGAAAACUAAGAAAAUGUGGGUGGGAGCGUAGGUCAGCGUUCUAACCGCCAGUACAUCAUCGCCCAGGCAAACUUGAAAAUUGAAAAGGAGUCGUUCCAAGAACUUCAGAGGCUCGGGGCCCCCGGACCAAAGCCCCACCCUGGCAUUUCGGCAAAGCUUGGCGCGCAAGGGGAAUCCGCCUCGGCAAAAGAGGCUGGGAUUUACUGGUGGUUUAGGAAGGACUAGCUGCAAUAGAGAGGAGACUUGUGAGGUUGAUAUGGCACUGAAGGCCUUAUUGUUAUCCUGUGCGCAACAUUAACCAUGUCUUGUCCACAUUCUCUGUUCACUGUCGGGCAAGUAGUGCAAUUCACGAUUCAGAAGAAAGGGCACACCACAUCGCUGAACAUCACAAGCACAUGAGAAAGAUGGAAGACUAGAACACGUCCGCCCACACGUUCAUAUUACUUCUACAAUACCUCUUCGAAUGCCUCCGUUGCAUGCAGUGCUCCUGCCAUUCCUUGUCAAAUAAUGGACUCCAACCAUCCUCUCUCUCUCUCUCUCUCUCUCUCUCUCUCUCUCUCUCUCUCUGGGGCAAGCGUCUCCCACCCACCCCCUCCCCCUCUCUCCCUCUCUCAUGUCAUAGUAGUGCACGAUUACGCAUUUGACUCUCUCUUCUCCACUCCCUCCUAUACCUACUCGUUGAAGAAAAGCUGUCAAACCAACUGUAAGUAUGAAUCUCCCAGUCAAAUGUUCAUCUCACGUUGACUGAAGAACAAGAAGCUUUGCCCCCUCCACAGCGAUGCCUCUUUAGAAC